GCAGCGAGCGAGGGAAGGGCUGGCCUGGCCCGGGGCCCCUGGCGGCGGCGGAGGAGGCGGAGGCAGGUCGGUCGCAGGGAAGCCGCGGGGCGGGCCGGGUCGUGACGGGAACCCCGCCCCUUCGCGCACCCCCCCCGGCGUGGGAAGAGGGGGCGGGCAGAGGGGCGGCAGCGGACCCCGCCUCGGGAUGAGGCCCCCGGCUCGCCCGACCCCCGUGCCCCCCCCCCGCGAAGGCGCCAGGCCCCCCCCUCGCCCCUCGGGGGCUGCCAGGAAAGGGCGGGCAGGCAGGUAGACUGCCCCGGGCAGGGAGGCUCCCCGAGGAAGCUUCCUGCCGCCCCCCCUCAGCCUCCUGGCCCGCCCCCCAGUUGCACAGCUGUCAACCUUCCCCUUUGGGGCGGGAAAUUCCCUCCUUCCAGCGCCGUUUCCCGCUGCUGCUCUCUCGGAUUGUUAGAUACAGUGGUACCUCGGGUUACAGACUCCGCUAACCCAGAAAUACUACCUCGGGUUAAGAACUUGGCUUCAGGAUGAGAACAGAAAUCGUGCUCUAGCAGCGCGGUAGCAGCAGGAGGCCCCAUUAGCUAAAGUGGUGCUUCAGGUUAAGAACAGUUUCAGGUUAAGAACGGACCUCCGGAACGAAUUAAGUACUUAACCCGAGGUACCACUGUAUCCCGUAGCCUGUCCCUGGGACAGGUGAGGCUGCUGAUCGCUUAUUUUCAAAUCUGAAAGUUGACAGCUGUGCCCAGUUAUGAUGCCAAGGAGAGAGGGAUCCCCAUCCUCCCCCCCCCCCGCCUAGUUCCACGCCCCUUUUGCCGGCUCUCCUCUUCCUCUCCCCCCCCCCCCGGGGGGGGGACAGCAAGAAAAGCUCCAAGCGGCGCAGCCUUUCCUCGAUCCCGCCGAUCCAUUUCCGUUGCCCUUUUCUGAAACUUUUCCAGCCCCGCCACGUUCUGCUUAAAAGGCACAGCGACCCGAACUGUGCAUCGUCUUCGCUGUGUCCUUUUGGCCCCGUGGAUUUGCUAUACUGGCCUUGUUGUGAUACUGGCAGGUUUGUUUCCAGCCUCCUUCCUAUUCCUGAUGACCUUUUCUUUCACGGUUGCAGCAAACCAGGCUGAUGUUUUCAUUUUGUUGUCCCAGGACAACUUAAGCCUGUUCCCUGAUUAGCUGCUGCAAAUUCUCGCACUUUCAGUAUAUAAGCAGUUAAUAAUAAUAAUAAUAAUAAAUUUUAUUCAUAUCCCGCCCUCCCCAGCCGAAGCCGGGCUCAGGGCGGCUAACAAGACUAACAACAGUUAAGGGGUUUUGCCCUGAGGUGCAUGAUAGAAUCCUAGAUUGUAGAGUUGCAAGGGACCCUGAUGAUCAUCUAGUCCAACCCCCUCAGUUUCAUUGAGUUGGAUUUGCUGUUCUGCGGUCCAGCUGGUGUCUAAAGAUCCUUCUGGAGCUCUGCAGCCUGCUUUGGUUUUCACCACCUUGAAAAGUUGUGUGCCAGCCACAAACUGUACAACCUCACUGCUCACUCAUAACUGUGGGUAAAAAGCACAGUUCCCAGCUUGGAUCCUGGGGGGCAGAUAGAGAACACCUCAUGCUCUGUUUCCUGCUCCUGCCACAUAGUGCUGGCUGUGCCAGUUUCUCAUCUCUGUGGCUGAGUGGAAUGGCCUCUUGCAGGACAGGAGCAGCCCUUCUCCAUGGAUGCUGGUGGCUGCACAAGGUUCCUAUUGCUGCCUCUACCCCCAACACUAGGUGCCUGGCAAACCCUGCUUCCCCAUGACAUGUUGUCCCCGGGGUUCUGCCAGCCAAGCAGCCAGACCUGUGCCAUUCCUCCUCCUUGGAAACACCAGCUGAGCCUUGUGGCUGGGCAGCCUUCCUGUUGGCAGGCAGGGUGCCCCCUUGGGGAUCUGGUUUCCUUCCUAAGCCGAGCCUGGAGCUCUCUGUCAACGCUGGAGGGGGCCAGAGAGUAAGAGGAACAGGUGGCCCUGACGGUGAUGCUGGUGAUGAUGAUAGUUGUGGUGAUGAUGGCACAAUGGGCCUCUUGCAAGAAGUCUCACUAUUGGCAUGCCAUUUUCAUUCUGGCCCAGUCCUAGAGACCAGUGGGGAGGGAGAGGGAAAAGGGGGUGAUGGGGGCUGCCCAGCUGCUCAAAUAGUCCCCAACAUCAAAGAGGCGGGCUUGUUUCCCUGGGUGAUGUCCUGUAUCUAGGUGCUGCUGGACAAAGACGUUACUUUGGUAAGCCUGCUCCCCACAGCAGGUAAAUGACCGAGGGUAUGUGUUUAUGCGUUUGUAUUCUGGAGUGUGUAGUGGUUUCUCCCCAGUUUUUUGGGGGGGUUGCAACACCUCCCUUGUUGUGGUUUGGAAGGCCUUCAAGGGAAUUGUCUUUUGCAGUACUUGGAGUGUGCCAGAAAAACAUCUCAGGUUGGUGGGAGAAGGAGGAAAGAGAAGAGAAGAUGGGUUUUGUGAUUGGCAAGGCCAGAAAUAGACUCGUGAGUUUUUCCCUUAGACUGUGGGCUUCCUCUCCUAGCAGCCUUCUUCCACUAGCAAGGAAACUGGAUUCAUUCUGCAGCAAAGCGGUGAGGAAUUGUGCGUACCAAAUACAGCUCUUCCCUUCUGCCCUGUAGGAAAUCCUCAGAACCACCUGUUGCAAAGAGGAGAAUGAGCCCCCUCUGCUGCCGGCGAGGUUACGAUGGAGGUGCGCUGCGGUGGCCUCUUGUUCAGCUCCAAGUUUGACUCGGGGAACUUGGCUCAUGUGGAGAAGGUGGAGCACCUGGAGGGCGAUGGGGACGGUGCCGGAAAUGGCGGCAGCGGCAGCAGCAGCACCUCUGCUACCUCCAUGGUGUUUGGCACCUCCCUCCCUAUUGCUGACUACGAGUUCAAUGUGUGGACCAAGCCAGAUUGCGGAGACACAGAAUACGAGAAUGCAAACAGGUAAAGGAGGUACCAGCCCUCUGUGAGGUCUUGCUGGGCACCCGGCAUGGGGCUGCCAGGUAAGGCCUUUCUCGCCCAGGUCUUUACACCAGCACUCGUCUCGCCUCCCCUUUGAAAUUGGAAGUGCUGAAACUUCUUGGGCUGUUGCUUCCAAAGUCCUCCUCCAAAUGGAAGAUAACAUUGCCUGUGGCAUUAAGCAGCCGCUGCCCCCAUGGCAAAGCUGUGGGUUUCUUUAAAAUUGCUGCUCCUUCUGCUGCCCCUUGCCAAGGCAUGCCUGACCCUGGCUCUCUGCUUGCCUGGUGCUGCAAAGGUCUUGUGGCUGCCUCCUUCCUGUGAGAGGCAUGGCAGCUUGUCCCCUGGGCCAGGCUUUGCAAAGGGCACCCAGGGUGGAGUGUUGGGAGGUUGCAUAGCAAAUGGGACAUCUGGAUUCCUUCUCCACCUGGCCUCUCGGGUCAGAGGUGGAGAGGGCCUUGGGCUGAUGGGGGGGGGCAGGACCCCUGCCAGACCCUUCCCUGAUUCUCCCGAUUGCCUUCACUCCCCAGAUCCUGGUUUUACUUUAGCGUGAGGGGCGGAGCCCCAGGCAAGCUGAUCAAGAUCCACAUUGUGAACAUGAACAAGCAGACCAAGCUGUACUCGCAGGGGAUGGCCCCCUUGGUCAAGACGGUGCCCAUCAGGCCUCGUUGGGAGCGCAUCCGCGAGCGGCCCGCCUUUGAGGUAUCUCUUGGGCAAGACCCUUGGGGAAGGAUGUUGGACUGGUGUGGGCACGGCCUCUGAAAGCAGCGCGUCACGGGGAAGGGCUUGGCUUUCCCUUGUGGGGAGGACGUGAAUCUCUGUGAGACGAGACCAGCUUUGGGCUGCAAAUGGCUGGAGAAGGAGGGGAACAAGGAGGUUUCCAGGCUCCAGUCAGUGGAGUUCUGACAUUUUGGCUCCCCUGCCUGAAGUCUCCUUCCAUCGUCCUUCCAAGGGACCAGAAAGUCGUUUCCUUGCCUGCUUCCCCCUUGCCAAGAGUCGACUGCCUGCUUGGUUUGAUUUCAGGCUGUUCUGCUCAGUCACAUAGAUGUGCUUGUGUUUAUUUGUGUGAGAAAAAGCACGCGAGCUGCCCAGAAAGAUGAGCUAGACUCCAGAUUAUGUAUGCCAGGCUUCCCUUUGGCUCCCUACUGUCGUGCCAGGGAGCAACGGCAUGACCCUGAGGCUGGCACUGAGGGCAGCCCCUGGCCUACACCAUCCUCCUAACAAGAGUCCUGGAUGUUAGCCAGGAUCAUUCUCCUCUCUGCCUCCUCUUGCCCGGGCCCUUUGAAUGGGCUCUGAGCAGCGAAAUGACCCUCUCCCCACAACAGGCUUGUGUACUGUAGGGCAGAGUGCUGAAGGUCAGGAGACCCGGCAGGUGGGCUGUGAACAUGGUGUCCAUUGCCAGGUAUCCGAUUCAGGUCAUGGCAGAGAGCAAAGACUCUUCAGCCCGGCCCUGAACAACAGCAGGCUGCGUGUGUUGAUUGAUGUCUGUCGUGCUCCAGCCACAAGGAUUAUGCCUAGGCAGUGGCCACUCAGUGCCCGUUUUGCCUUUUCCUUUUCCCCGUACAGAUGGUGGAGACCCAGUUUGUCCUCUCUUUUGUGCACCGCUUCCUGGACUGCCGAGGUGCCACCACCUUCUUUGCCUUCUGCUACCCCUUCUCAUACACAGAGUGCCAGGAAAUGUUGGCACAGCUGGAUGCCCACUUUGCAGAGUGCAGGCACCUCUCGGCUAGCAGGUGAGCCUGGCCUCUGACACACGGCUGCCAUCCUCCUCUCUGCCCCCCCAACCCCCUCCCGCUUGGUCACUGCACACCGGCUCCUGCGAAGUUGGCCAAACUCCUUAGGUGGGGAAGAGUUGGGGUGUUGUCAGGGAGGUUAUUGGGGUGCCCUGAGAUAGGUCCUUGGUUGGACUGUGGGUCUCUCCCAGGGUUCUGUCUCAUGUCAGAGAUCCUAGUGGGGACUUUCUGUCUCCCUUUUGGUGCAGACUCUGGCACUGCCUGGAACACUUGGCUCCUUUCCCACCUGUGCUUGUUUGCAGUUCCUUGGUAACCGUCCCCAGGAACUCCCUUUGGCCCUUUCCCUCCUAGCUCCCUGCCCCCCCCCUUGCUCCUGAAAGCGUUCAGGGGACAGAGGGGCUUUUGCACAAACGCCGCCUUACUUCUGCUGGUUUCUGCUGUGUUGCCUUUCCCCCAGCUGGCUGUUGUUUGAAGAUGUGUUUUGUUGUAUGUGUUUAGUAGUUCUAUGUUGUUCAGGAUGCUUUCUUUAAUGAGAGAAGGGGGCUCUGAAUGCUUUCCACAAAAGUGGAGCCUGCAGGAGCCCUCCUGGGCUGAGGCUGGGCAGGGCUCUUCUUGACCAGCUGCUUUCCUUUGGCCUCUGUUGCCACCUCCUGCCUUGGCAGCACUUGCGGGCAGAAGAAUAGCCCUCCUGGGAAAGGGCCUCUCCAGUCCAGAAAUGGCUAACCAGAGCCUCCUUGGCAGCCUGGAUGCAGGGCAUGAAUGGAACUGCCAUUGCUGGGUGGUGUGAGGGACAUGGCUGGUCUGCUUCCCAGCAGUGCAGAUUUCUUCCUUAGUUAUCUGAGCUCACUCCAUGACCUGGUCAAGUCCAAAGGAGUAUUCCUUAGGCGAACUGAGCGUUGCAUGAAGGAGGGUCUGCUCAGCCUGAUUUCAGGCUGUUCUGCUGGGGGCCUGCCAGCUGCCUGCCCUUGUAUAUCUGCAGUGGCCACUGCUAGCGUAGCGACAAGGACAGAAGCCAGAGUGACAGUUGCAGGGCCCUGUCUAGACACUGCCUGGUGAGGGCAGGGACUCUGCCCCUCUGACAGCCUUGGGUAUUUGCACUUCCUGUGUUGCUCUCCAAGAUACCUGGCAUGGGCAGGGACCCAAGGGCAAGGCUGGUCUGAAUGGGAAGAGGAUCCCCACCCCACUGUUCCCACCUUCUCACCUGAGGCUGCCUUGGUCAGGGUCGGGGGAAGAGGCUCCUUUGGUCUGCUGUUGUUGAGGGAGGCAGGGUUGUGGAGUCAGAACCAGUGAAAGGGGUGGGAUUGGGGGGUCAGGAGAAGGCGGGAAGACCCUCCCUUCCCAUCUAAACUCAUGUCCAAUAUUAUAGCACAGUCAGUCGGAAGGCAGGUGCGGACUCUCGGAAGGCUGAGGGGAAGCCGCGACCCACCGCCCACAGAGCGAGGAAAUGCCCUAAAGGAGGACGUGCAAAGGGGAGGAAGGAGGCCCCGCUUCGAGGGACCCCGUAAGUGCUUGCUUUGGUUCCCUCGCAAGGUCCAGGUGGCCCCACUGAUGAGGGAGGGGAGCCCCAGGCGCAAAGUCAGGCUGCCUUGAGGUCCCUCCUGGACAAGAGCCUGGCUUUGCAGGGGAGGGAGGAGAGGAGGACAGAAAGCCCCUCUGGCCACCUCCCUCGCCACAGGAGUGAGGGAAGGAGCACAAGGGAGGAUCAGGCAACAAAGAUCAUGGGUGGGGAAAGAAGAGUCUUUGUUGCAUGCUGGGCAGGCAAAGGGGAGUCUGUGGGAAAGAAACUUUGAAAAAAGAAAGAGACUUUAGAAGCAAAUCUUCCUUCUGGCCUUGCGGGGCAUUGCUGGCUGGGAGAAAAGCUGUCUGCUCCGCUCUCUCCCUGCAGCUCCCUGGACUCCAUCUACUACCACCGGGAGCUGCUGUGCUACUCCCUGGACAAGCUGCGCGUGGACCUGCUCACCAUCAGCUCCUUCCACGGCCUGCGGGAGGAGAGGGAGGCCCGCCUGGAGAAGCUCUUCCCGGACAAGCACACCCCCCGGCCCCACAGCUUCGUGGGCAAGAGAGUGAGUUGGCUGCUGCCGCCCCCGUUGGGCAGGAUGCCCCGCCAUUGCUGGUGCCCACGUGGGGAGCAUGGGGCUUGGGCAGCGUGGCCUGCCCUUGUUUCUGGACAACUCUGGACACAAGUAGAAGCCCUUUUGGCCCACAUUGCCUCAGGCAGGCAUCUAAGCCCCAUCCUUCCUGGUUUGUCUCUUGAGCAUCUUCCUCUAUGCCUGUGCUUUUCUCUGCAACCGCUACCCCAGUUUCACCUACCCACCCUUUCUGAUUUCUGCCUCCUUCCUGCUCUGUAUUGGCUCAUCAUGCCUCAGUGUAUCCCAUUUCAGUUUCUGCUUCUGGCUCCUAGGUCUUUGUCCCUUCCCUGUUCUCUCUCUGUCUUCCUGACCAUCCACAUGUGCUUCCUUCUCCUGCCAUCCUCUUGCCUUCCUCCUGAUCUGUGCCAUCCCCAGCUCUGCUCUUCUUAAACAGAGCACAGAAAACCCCUUUUAAAGCUGCCUCUCCCAAGUUCGGAUCUGUCAGCCUCCCGCUUUCUCUUUCCUUCUGCUUCUCUUCCCCCUUUCCUUUGGGUGAGGCUGCAGGCAGGAGUGAGCGCCUUCUAACUGAUGCCUGGGGAUAACUAGUUCCAAAGUGGGGUGGAAAUAAAUGACCACACAAGCAGAUGGGUGGGCAGGAGGCCUGUUGUGGUAGCUUUGAGAGGAGCAAGAGUCCUUGCAGAGACCCCGAAAGAUGUCCAGUUUGGGAAAGGAGCAGAUCAUCCUCUCUCUCUCUCUCUCUGUGUGUGCCCCCACUGCCCCAGCAGGUGUUCUUCCUAAGCAGCAGGGUGCACCCGGGAGAAACACCCUCCAGCUUCGUCUUCAAUGGCUUCCUGGAGUUCAUCCUGCGUGAAGAGGACCCUCGGGCCCAGAUGCUGCGCCGCAUGUUUGUCUUCAAGCUCAUCCCCAUGCUGAACCCGGACGGAGUGGUGCGGGGCCAUUACCGGUGAGUAAAGCCAGCAUAAACACAGAGGGGUGGCCAGCCCCAGCUCAAGUCCCAGGCUGGUGGGACAGAUCCCUCUACGAAGCCUCUGUCGCUGCAGACUCAUGCUAGGUAAAGGCUGGUCGAAGGCAACUGGCCAGUUCAGUUGGCCUGGAGAGAGACAUUCCUUGGGUGGGGGGUUCCUCUCCCACCCUCCAACCCAUUUCAAGGGAGCUGGUGGUGGCUGGUGCUUGUCUCUUCCUGCCUGAGACACCCAAGCGACAGUACCCAGGAGGAAGGCGUCUUUGCCCAGCGUGGCUGACCCCUCUGGCUCCUUCUCUUCCCCACAGGACAGAUUCUCGCGGCGUGAACCUCAACCGCCAGUAUCUGAACCCUGACGUUGAUCUGCACCCGGCCGUCUACGGGGCCAAGGCCGUCAUGCUCUAUCACCACGUCCACAACCGCGUUCAGCCGGGCUCCCCUGACUGGCGCGCCUGCGUCCCUCCCCUUGGCACCAAGGCUGCCAACCAGCGCUCCACCCGCAACUGCCCUCCCAGCGAGGAGGCCCCCCUCUCUGAGCUGGAGAAGGCCAACAACCUUCGCAACUGUCCCAGGGAUGCUGGCGUCCCCUCGCCUCAGGACCACGAGCCCUCAGAGGCGCCAGGGAGCAAGGACCAGGAUGUCUGGAUCCUCUCGGAAGACCUGCCUCCCACGCUCUGUGAGGAGAAAGCCGAGGUCCGCUCUCCUCCCGCCCCGGAAGCCAUCCCACCGCAGCAGAGUGGCCUGGCCUACUACGUCGACCUGCACGGGCACGCCUCCAAGAGAGGCUGCUUCAUGUACGGGAACAACAUCUUCGAAGAGGCUCACCAGGUGAGGAGGAAGAGGAGAGCAGCCAGAGGUCCGUGAGUCCACAGUGGGCAAGAACGGAAUGGGGGCAGGACCCACAGUCCCAGGCUUGAGGGGUUUGAAGAUCCCCCUUCCAAGUCCAGCCAAGGCUCUAGUGCCUCUGAAUGAGCAACAGCUACUGCUGCUGUGCCUUUUUCUCUGAUUUCUAGGCGCAAUCUGGGAGGGCCAUUGCAGACUUCCUCCCCUUCUUGGGUGUCUCCAUUUGGUCUGCUGAGCCUCAGCUUUUUCCUCUCCUGGCCUCUAUCAUUUUCUGCCUGGGAUCCCAACUCCAUCAGCUGCGUUGCGCAUGCUCCCUUCUGCGCAUGUCCAGCCAGCUGUCGUGUUGGCCUUGUGGCAGGAGGUUGAGCUGGGCUGGAGAGGGGCAGCUGUCUCCUGGGGGUGGCUGCUGAGUAGCACUGGGGACUCUGCUGGUGUCAGUUUCAUUGGGUGAGCUCAGCUCGCUGUGCCUGAGUGUAGGUGAGAAACGGCAGCCCCAACCUCUCUGGUUGAUCUUGCAGGUUGAAAACAUGCUCUUCCCCAAGCUCAUUGCCAUGAACUCUGCUCACUUUGAUUUCACGGGCUGCAACUUCUCCGAGAAGAACAUGUACGCCAAGGACAAGCGGGACGGGCAGUCGAAGGAGGGCAGCGGGCGCGUGGCCAUCUACAAGGCCUUGGGCAUCAUUCACAGGUGAGCAGAGGACACAGCCUCACCGACAGACCAGCCACUUAUGCCUUCUGCUCCAUACCUGCCUUCAGACAGCUUCAGAAUAUGAAAGAUUCUGCCUCCGUAAAGAGAGACCCAUUCUAGAUCAGCUCAGAGCUGAUUUGGACCAUGGAAUAAAUACGGUCAGGAGCAUCAGUCCUCUCCUCCUUUGAGAGUCUCUCAUUAGAGGAUCCUGGCAGAAUAGGCAGCUGGGGAGAGUUGGGUGGCCAAAGUAGUUUGUAUCCAUAGUGGCAGUGCUGGCUGAGGGCAGGAUGGAUGAGGCCCAGUUCAUUGUGGAUCGGAGUCCGCAUUUGGUAGAGUGUGUUGGUUAGGGUGGUUAUAGUCCGAUCUGUCUUUCUGGCCUGGGGGCAGCAGGAACUCCUCCUCCUUGGUCAAAAGUUAGCCCUCUUCCCCUCCACCGUUAAAGCCUGAUGGUGGAUCCUAAACACUGCCAGGUGGAAAUGUCUUUUAUCCUACCCGGCUACUUCUUGGUGUGGGAUCAGUUUAAAAAUAAAGGGGGGGGGGGAGCCUGUGGUGAGCAUGUCAGUGGAGCUGGGUGUCCACAGGAACACGUUUUAUUGAUAACAUGCACAAGAAUUGAAUUGCUGUCUUUUAAACUGUGUGUUUUUGCAACACGCGUAGAGACGUUUGCAGGAGGCAACCUAUAACCCCUCUGUUCCUUCUAGCUACACGCUGGAGUGCAAUUACAACACGGGACGGUCUGUCAACGCAGUUCCAGCCGCUUGUCACGAUAACGGGCGGGCAACCCCCCCUCCUCUGCCAGCAUUCCCCUCCAAAUACACAGUGGAGCUCUUUGAGCAGGUAUCAGCCUCCCCCGCCCCCCUUUAUUAGAUGAGCUUUGUGUGGGUGUCAGUGGGUGCAUAAUUCCAGGGACUUGCCCCCGGGCGGAUGGGGCCUCCUUGAGUGGUUUUGGUCAGGCAAAAGAAAAAGCAGCAGCAAGUCUUCCUCUCUUAGCUGUGUUGCCUUCGAGAGCCGGUGAAUUUGCCUGGGGCCUCACAGUGCUCAGGGCUUCCUGGUGUCUCUCUCCCUGUGCCCAGGUGGGAAGGGCCUUGGCCAUCGCAGCGCUGGACAUGGCCGAAUGCAACCCCUGGCCCCGGAUCGUCCUUUCCGAACACAGCUGCCUUAGCAACCUCCGUGCCUGGAUGAUGAAGCAUGUGCGCAGCAUGAGGGGCGUGGCCGGUUGCUCCCGGAGGAAGGGGGCCAAGACUCCUCCCAAGGGGACCAAGUACGGAGGCUGGGGCUGGGCAGAGGCCGGUGGGGUGGCGCCAGGGCUCCCAGGGUCCCUUCCGACAGGCCUUCCUGCUCUAGUCCGGAUGCAGGACCCACAAGCCCCUGGGGCCCUCCUGCUCUUCUGCGCCUGCUGCCGCCAAAGCCUCUUCCUCCUGGUCCCAUCAAAGGCUCAGGUGGAGGAGGAGGAGAACCAGAGCUGACCUUUUGCCAAGCAGGCAGUAGAGCAGGCAGAAGCCCCUCUCCCCAGAGGAUUAUCGAAGAAUCAUAAGAUUGUAGGGUUGUAAGGGAUCCCAGGGGCCAUCUAGUCCAACCCCCUGCAGUGCAGGAAUUACUGUACUGCUAAAUCUCAACUUUUGGGUGGCCCACUCAGUCACCUUCAGGCCCAAGGACAGGUUGCGAGGCUUGAAACAGCAGUUUUCAAAUGGGACGGGUAUAUCUUAGCAUGGAGGGGGCAGGCUUGGUCUGAAGCACAGCAUUGGAUCCCAGUCAGAUUUUGCAGAAAGAAGCCUCCUUUUCCCUAGCCUUGGUUCCCCGUGGUUGGAUUCAGCAGGGAUCAAAGAGGGCCCAUUUUACUCUUUUGGAACCAGCGUGGGAUAAAUGCCCCCAACCGCAGGGACGGCUGGCAAUAUGCAACUGCGCGUAUUUAAAUAUUGGAGGGGGAAGGGAGAGAAUGCACGUUUGGGCCCAUUGCCCAUGUAGUUCUUUCCAGCAGGAUAGAGGGACUGAGAGGCUAAAGGGUAGAUCUUGAGGAGGGAUGGUGUCGUGUUGCAAGACAGAAUAAAUGAUAGAGGCCUGGGGGCGGGGGGAAUCCCCACCCGUGCCCCUAUUCAUACACCUUGAGAAAUGAAACCUGGUGCGUCAGAGGCUGCCUCUUCCUGGGCCACCUCGCAGGGCGGGCGCGCUGGGUUUCUGCCCCGGCGGUGACGCCUCCCUUUGGCCUUCCCUCCCAGCGGGGUCUCCGCCUCCAGCUCCGAUAACUCCCUCUGCCGGGGCCGCAGCUUCAGCAACGGGAGCAGCAGCAACCAGCAGGUGGCGUCCCCGCAGGUCAAGACCUCGCCCAGCUUCACCUUCAGCUGCUCCCACCCCGAUGGCCCCCUGGGCAUGGGCCAGGGCCCCCCGAAAGGUGCCUCGAGGGUGCUGGCGGUCGUGCGAGGUAAGCUCUGUGGAGGAUCCGUGCUGGGCGCAAUCCGGAGGAUCUGGGAGUGGCUGCGCUGGCAGAAGUGACAGCCUUGCAAGAAUCUCGCCUUUUCUCUUUCUGUCUCUCUCCCUCCCUCUUUCUCGUGAAAUAAAAGUGUUCCACAAUAGAUCCCAGUCAUCCUGUGAGAGCUGGCCCCCAGUCAACCCGAGCCCCCCGCCCUGCUCUCUGAACCGAGGGGAACCCCAGGCUUCAGGGGACCCGUGGGGGUCUUAUGUAGAGCGCUGGGCAGAGGCCUGUGCUGCUGCUGGUGGUGGUGGCGCUACUCCUGAGGAAGCGGCAGGUGAGCUGGUCCUGCAGGGAAGGAGGGAGCUCUCCAGCAGCAGGGCGCCUGCUAGGGAGGGGGGCGUUUCUCUCAGGCCAGCCCCCGUGUGGCAGUGGGCCACGUUCCUCUCCCACGCUUCCUGCAAGAAGCUCAGGGAGCUUCCAUGAGGCGAGGCAAAGCCGUUUGCCCUUGGGCUCCCUGCUACUGCACCACUGCCAGCCCCACCUGCAGUGCCACCUGCACCAACGCCCCCUUGCCAUCCCAGCUACUUCUGCAUUGUGGCACUGCAGAUGCCACGGCAGGUGAGGGUGCAGCUGCCAGCAGCAGUGUGGGGGCAAUGGCAGGGGCAGUGGGGCAGCGGUGUUGAGCAUUUUGCCCACAAAAACAUCCUGGGCCACCCCUGGCCUUUGGGAUCCUUUGUAGCCCUGCGAGUCAGAUUAUGCCAAGAGUAAUUUGAUUGAGGCUGCCCAGUGAGCUGCUUUGUGCCCAGGCAAAGAUGAGAGCCUCUCCCUGCCAAGGCCCAACCGUCCUCCAUCACCAGCUCUGCUGCCUCCAAGGUGACCCAGCUUUCCCCAUGGAUUAGCUGCCUCCCUCCCUCCCACAGUCGAGGAGUUCAGCCGGGGGUCAGCUGGGCUGAUAGAGCACCAUCAGGCAAGUGCCACCUCAAGAAGAAGGUAAUGCUGUGCUGAGGAAGGAGGAAGGACCUGGGCAAAGCACAGGCAGGCAGCGGAGUGUGGCUUCAGCAGCCCUAGCACUGCUGCAGAGAUGCCCCUCUCUCUUUCCUCCUCCUGAAGGAAGGAUAGAGAUAGCCUGAAUAGAGAGAGAGAUAUAUAAUGCAGUCACUGCAUGCACUGAAGGAUUGUGGGAUUUGUGCCCCCACCCACCCCAAGGAGUGUAUCAGAGGGGAGGGGCUCACCACCUUGUAGCUCUGCAGGUGCAGCAACCUGCUGCUGUUCCCUGCCUCCCCCACAAAACGGGCUUCUCCCUGGGCUGAGGUUGGAGGCCCUCAAAAGGCCACAUCGCCCCAGCCAAGCCGCUGCCUCUCCCCACUGCUGCCCCUGUUCUCAGUGGUGUGUGGUGCCCGACAGCCCUCCAGAAUUGGCUGCCACUAUGCAGGCGCUUUGGGCUCCCUUGGGGCAGCAGAUAGGUGGCACAGAUCUGCCCCCCUCCCCAAGUGAACAGAACAGCUGUGAUCUCAAGAACUGGCCUUUGUUGGAGACAAGAGAAUGGAUUUCCCCCACCCCACCCCCGGCUUCUUCUGGGCAAAAUGUGUUCAAGCCCUGCGAAGGGGAGGGAGGUGCAUGAUGGGGCCACCCCCGCUGCCCCCUCGCAGAACUCGGCUUUGCCUUGUCCUUUCUCCCUGCUCAGAGUCGCGCGUCCAGGAGAAGCGCCGUCACCAGCACCAGUCCUUGCUGCGAGCAGCAGUGAGCAACAUCCAGGCGCCCCCACCUCUCUCUUCUUCCACCAGGACGGCCUCUCACCUCCAGCUGCCGACCGGCCUCGGCUCCUGCCCCCUCCCAGCCACCCUCAACAUGACAGGUGCGUAGUCCUUCAUUCAACCUAGCUUGACUAAAGGCCGCCUUGGCAACACAAGUGUGAGCCCCUUGGCUGCUGGAGCAAGCCCGGGGCAGAGCCCGGCAUGCCAGUCAAGCACUGGCCUCUUCCUGCCGGUUCUCAGGUGCCACCCAUGCCCGAGUCAGGCGAGAGAGGGCAGCAGCAGAAGCAGGGAACUUCUUGCCUCCCUUUCUCCUACCGAAAGUCCCCAGUCAGUUGGGAGGUGGUGAUAAAGGAAUUAGAGACCCAAGGUGUAUAUUUCUGAUCUUAAUAGUUUCAAAGGUGUAGAAGCGAAUUCUUACUCGACCGGGGACUGCCUCCCAGUUCUUGCUCUCUUUCCCAGCACAGCCCCUGACUCAGCUGUGUCCUGCAUGGGCGGCCGGCAGGAGCAGAGCUUAACCCUUGAUGCCGCUUCCCUCCUUGGCUUGUUCACCCUGGGGAAGAGAAGGAAAGGCAGACAGGAGAGCAGCCUUCAAAGAGGCCUGCAGAUGAUGCAUUCCCUUGCAAACUGACCCAGGGCGAGGGCCUUGGUGGGAGAGCCUUUUCUCAGGCUGGGGCAAAGGAGCAGUUUUGGCAUUGGGGGUGGGAGCCGCUCAGAAAAAGCCAGCAGCAGCUCCUGCCCCUGCAUUUGGGGGGUGGGGGUGGCAGCAGGUCGGCAAGCCGGCUGUUUGACCCGCUUUCGUCACUGAGGCCUGGAAAUGUUCCAGGUGGAGAAAGGGAUGUGGAGGCUCUCCCAAGACCAGCCUGCUGGAUCAGGCCAGUGGCCCAUCUAGGCCAGCAUCCUGUUCUCACAGUGGCCAACCCCUCAGCGGGGUCUGAGCCCAAGAGCCCUUUUCCCUCCUGUGGCUGUUCCAGCAAGUGGUACUCAGAAGCAUCGCUGCCUCUCUGGAGCUUGGCAUUCAGCCCUGAGCACUUUUGCUUUGGGCUUGGCCAAUUACUUGGAAGAUUUGCUGACCUAUAACAUAAUUUCCGGGGCUUUGCUUGAGGGUGCAACCAGUUCUAGAGACUUGUGGUACAGUCAUACCUCGGGCUGAAGUUGCUUCAGGUUGAGCGUUUUUGGGUUUCGCCGCUCGCGCAUGCGCAGACGGUCAAAGUGAUGUCAUGCGCAGAAGUGGUGAAUUGCAACCCACGCAGGUUUUGUUUGCUUCAGGAUGCGAAUGGGGCUCUGGAACGGAUCCCGUUCGUAUCCAGAGGUACCACUGUAUAUGCAAGGACCAGUGUUCUCAGGGGAUCAGCCCAUCCUCCCUGACAAACCUUGGAGCUUGUGUUGCUGCUGCCUGGGCAGGCAGAGGACAGCAGAAACUGGCCUGGCCUGGCUAGUGGCCUCUCCCCUUGCGCUGUGGGGCAGCACAACCCUCUCCCAGCCAGUCCUUGUAACCAGGAACACCUCUUGCUGCCUCCAAGGAUGUUCAUCUCCCCCCCCUCUCUCCUUGGUCACGCAGGGCCUGGCUGCAAUGGACUGCAGGAGGCAGAGCACCCCAGUGAGGAGCUGAAACCGCCUCCACCUUGUGGCCUAGCCUUGCUGCAGGUAAAGGGGCAGAGGUUAGACAGGUGGGGGGGUGGGCUGGACUCAGCUCCUAGCUUGCAGCUGGACUGCAGCCCUGAGCCAGAAGUCAUGGGCAGCAGCAGUCCUCUUUUGCAACCAGAAAGCAACAGGAGGCGUGGGCCUUGAUUUACUCCCCCUCCUCCCCAAACGAAGGCUCCCCGUUGCCUGUGGCUGCUCCACUGCUCAUGGCAGCUCAAGCAAGCCAGGCAGCCUCUGACUUCUCUUUCUUUGGCAGAAUAUUUCAAGGCGGCUGAACAGCGAGCAGCUCUCAGAGACACCCAGGUAAGGCUGCAAGACAGCAGACAGUGAAAGCACCGGGGGUGGGGUGGGGGGUGGAGAGUGCACUGGCCCCCCUGCUGUGCCUGAGGUGGAGCAGGCAUGAGAGCAGGAAAACAGAGCCUGCCUCGGCCCUCUGGAAGUUUAUCCCUCCCCAGGAAGCCAGGCAGACAUUCAGGCUGCUGCUCAACCUCUCCCAGUUCUCUCGCCCGAGUGGCUUGGCUGCUGAGCCCCCUCCUAGCCUUGCGCUCUCCCCACAGGCUGGAAAUUCUGAUGCCUCGGCCGAGCCGGAUCCCCAUCCGCAGGAGACCGGCUGGACAGUCCCAGCAUCUGCUCAGGCUCAAUGGCUGCAGUGAUGACUCCUCCCUCAAGGUGUGGAAAUAUGCCCCCUCGCAGCUGCCAGCUCAGAGUUCCCUGCCAGGUAGGCUCCUCUGCUAAGUGCCCGGGGGGAGGAGAUGCCCUGUGCCCAGGCCUGCUGGACUUCCAGAGAUGGCACCUUGGCAGGCUUCAGCUCCCUCAUUUCCUGGGUCAGACAGCAGCCUCAGGCCCUCUGGUCCAGCAUCCCGUUCUCACAGUGGCAACCAGAUGCCUGUGGGAAGCCUCCGAGUUACAGAGCACAAUGUCAUUCUCCCUCAAAGCACCUAGUACGUGAGGUUGGUUGCCUACUUAUUAACCACUGACGGCUUAUCCUCCAUGAAUUCCUACACGCCCAACCAGUCACUGUCUUCUACAGGAGGGGACACCUGCAGAGAUACUAUUGCACCAGGUGGUCCAAUCCGUAGUGGCAGAAUUGGGCCUUCAGUGUAGCAGCAUCCGCUCCUUGGAACUCCCUGUCAUAUAUCAGGCACAUUUUCUUCCUUUUUUAACACAAGCCUUUCAAGUAGAGGCUUUUACUCCAGCUGGUAUCUGUUUCAGAACUGAAUGGAUUUAUAUAUGCAUUGCUUUAAACUAUUUUUCUGUGUGUAAGGUUUUUUAUAUAUAUGCAAGUGUUUUAGGUGUGUGUGUGUGUGUGUGUGUGUGUGUGUGUGUGUAUGCACACACACACACUUGUUCUGUUUGCUUUUACUGCAUAGUAAACCACUUUGGGGUGCCUUGUAGAGAAGGAACCCAUAAGUGAAAUAAUUUGUGUCGUAGUCUCCUUUUAAAGCCAUCUGCAAUAUAGGUGAACGUCACAUUUUGUAGAAGUGAAUUUAGCAGUUUUAAUUACAUCCUGUGGGGAAGUCCUUCCUAUUGUUUCUCCUCAACCUGCUCUCCUGCAGUAGAUUCAUGACAUUCGAAGGUUCUAGUAUUAGGGAGUCGGGGGGGCACUUUCUCCACAUUAUCCAUUAUUCUGUAAGCCUCUAACACAGGCAUAGGCAAACUCGGCCCUCCAGAUCAUGGGUAGGCAAACUAAGGCCCGGGGGCCAGAUCACCUUCUAAAUCCGGCCCGCAGACAGUCUGGGAAUCAGCGUGUUUUUACAUGAGUAGAAUGUGUCAUUUUAUAUAAAGUGCAUGUCUGGGUUAUUUGGGGGGGCAUAGGAAUUCAUUCAUAUAUAUUUUUUUCAAACUAUAGUCCGGCCCCCCACAAGGUCGGGACAGUGGACCAGCCCCCUGCUGAAAAAGUUUGCUGACCCCUGCUCCAGAUGUUUUGGGACUACAAUUCCCAUCAUCCCUGACCCCUGGUCCUGUAAACUAGGGGUGAUGGGAGUUGUAGUCCCAAAACAUCUGGAGGGCUGAGUUUGCCUAUGCCUGCUCUAACAUGUCCCUCCUUAGAAUGGGGGUUGCAGGUUCCCAGAGCUGAUAACACUUUUAACUUGUUCUAAACUUUCUAUGUUAUUACUGCAUGGUUUUGUUUUAUAUCGUUGUAAAUCGCUGCAGUAUAUUUCUGUGAUACAGAAGUGUGUGUGUGUGGGUGUGUGGGUGUGUGUGGGUGUGGGUGUAUAUAUAUAUAUAUUAUAAACAAAGUGGUAUCCAGCAUCAUCUAGUCUAAGCAGCCCCUACUGAUUCAGGAGUGCCACCCUGACAGCAUCCCUAGCAGGCAGGCUGGGCCUCCCCCCCCCCCCCCCGCCUAUAACAGCUAAUUCCUGUUAGACUAACCUCCUGCGAAGCCUCCCUCCCGUGUUUCCGCCUUUUCCCCUAGUGGAGUUGCUCCUGCUGCUGAUGGUCUGCUCUCCUUGCAGAGUUUCCGCUGGACGUUCCGGAGCUGACGGCCACGGGCCAGAGGGAAGAGCCGCUUUUUCUGUGCAACCCCCCCAACGUCUUGCUGGACGAGGUAUGGCUCCCCUGCAGCCGCUGCCCUCCCCUAGAGCCCCCGCCCUGUAGGCCGAAGAGGAAGAAGAAGAAGCCAAAGCGCAACCACCGCGGCGUAGGCAGCGGCCACCCUCCCCCUUGAAGCAGCUCGGGGGGCAGCCUCGCCCCGACGGUGACGCCGCUCGCCUCCCCCCCUGAGCCAGAUCUCUCUGUUGCAGCACAUCCCGGGGCAAGCAGAUCCCCCCCAGCUCACCUACCACAAGAUCCUGUCUUUCUGCACAGAGGCCUGAUCCGCCAGGGGGGCCGGAGCAGCUGCGGCCCACCCGUUCCAGCGCCUCCGCAGCCGCCCCGCAACAGCGCGCCAGCGACACGCCGACGACACCGACGCCUCCCCCCGUGGUGCGCCAGAGACCGCCUGAGACACCCUCCCCGCUGGCGGCGUCCGGCGAGCGCUCGCCCCGGCCUCCCCCCAGCCCUCCGCCCCGCCCCUGCCCCUUCAAGCCCAAGCUGCUCUUUGGGACUCGCCAGCCCAUGGUCCUGGCUCUGAGCCGCCUCCCCGCCUACGAGGGGCCGCGCUCUCCCAGCGGUGGCCAGCUACACAAGGCGCCGCCCAGGGCCUAGUUGGCAUCCACCUCCUGUGCCCUGUGGACCAGCUGGCCUGGGAAGGAGCCCCCAGGAAAGACCAGCCUCCCCACCCCCCCACCAGGCCCUUUCUGCAGCAGCUGUGUACAUAGUUGGUUACUGGCUCGGAAGCUAUUUUUUGACAGGAGAUUUGUCUUGUGAACACGUUUCUAUUAAUAAAUUUCGUUUGACAAAAUGG